CAUCCAGCGUUAACCCAUAUUGGUAGAGAUGUCUUUAAUCUAACCCGUGGCUAUAAGAUGGAGAGUAAAGAUAUGGAGAAUGUGGUUUCUUCUGGAAAUAAUAAAGUCUUGUAAAGUGGCAAAUUGCUACCAGAAUAUACUGUAUAUCCUGGUAAAAUACUGAACUCUUACUGGAAAUAUUCUUCUUAAGUAAAUUUGUUACUGCAAAUGAAUUACAAAAUUACGUGGAAAUAUUUAAAGUUUUAAAAUCGACCAGAUGAUAAAAGGGAAAUGUUAAUGUUUUAGUUUGUGAAGAGAGGACUAUAACUGCUACUAGCCCAGUAAUCAAAGGUAAGAAAAUUGGCAUUUAGGAAUCUUUGGCAAAUAAGCAUUUAAGCUUCUUGUUGCAGGAACUGUCUUUCAAUAAUGGACAUCAACAGGAGUAAAAUUGCCAUAUCCCAUUCUUUAAAUAGAGUAGACAAGAUGAAAGUGAUUAAAUGAAACUUCAUAGUAGCAUUUUCCUCCUGUCUAAACUGCCUUUUAAAUGCUAAAUGAGACACAACAUUCUAAUUGGAAAGAAUAAUGAAUAUGUUGGGAGUUGCCUGUAGCUGAGGUUGCAGCUGUUACUGUAUUCAUUCACAUACUAUAAUCUUCAUUCAAAGCCUUUGAUUAUUGAUCAAGACAACAUAAUAAAAGCAUCCAGGAAAACUGUCACAAUCCUUUUACUUUUGAAGUUUUAGCAAUAACAAUCAUGCAUGGAAAUUUAAAUAUAGUGAAAAUCUAAAAUUGGAUCAAUGGUGUUGCAUUGUUAAAGAUAUAGUCUAGUAUUAACUCAAAGCUAUUAAGCAGCAUGUGGCUGAGCUACAGGCCUAAGGUAAACCAGAGAUAACCCCACUGAAAUAACAAACAAGAGAAAAUAUGCAGAUGCUGGAAAUCUGAGCAACACGCACAAAAUACUGGAAAACUCAGCAGGCCAGGUAGUAUCUACGGAAAAAAGUAUAGUUAACAUUUAGGGCUGAGACCCUUCGGCAGAACUGGAGAAGAAAAAGAUGAGGAGUAGGUUUUAAAGAUGGAGGAGGGGAGAGAGAAAUACUAGGUGAUAGCUGAAACCAGAAGGGGGAGGGAUGAAGUAGAGAGCUGGGAAGUUGAUUGGUGAAAGAUACAGGGCUGGAGAAGGGUGAGGCUGUUGGGAGAGAACAGAAGGACGUGGAAGAAAGAAGAAGGGGGGAGGGCGGAGGAGCACCAGAAGGAGGUGAUGGACAAGCAGGGAGAUAAGGUGAGAGAGGGAAAAAGGGAUGGGGAAUGGUGAAGGUUAGGGGGACCAUUACUGGAAGUUUGAGAAAUUGAUGUUCCUGCCAUCAGUUUGGAGGCUACCCAGACGGAAUAUAAGGUGUUGUUCCUCCAACUUGAAUAACCCUAUUUAAGUUAACCUGCUGACUGUGAUUAGUUUGCAGUCAUUUGCGCCCGAGAGAAAAGCAAGCUGUAGGUACCUGGUUGGUUGGCAGCAGGAUCUACAAAAAAGUUCUUGAAAGAAUAUUUUAUGGAGAACUGAGGAUUGUGGGAUGUUGGCUGAGGCACUGAGGAUUCCUGCUUCAUCUAGAACAAUAGGUUGACUGUGGUUAAGAGGGCAUACGGUGUAUUGGCCUUCAUCAACAGUGGGAUUGAGUUUAAGAGCCGAGAGGUAAUGUUGCAGCUAUAUAGGACCCUGGUCAGACCCCACUUGGAGUACUGUGCUCAGUUCUGGUCACCUCACUACAGGAAGGAUGUGGAAACCAUAGAAAGGGUGCAGAGAUUUACAAGGAUGUUACCUGGAUUGGAGAGCAUGCCCAAUGAGAAUAGGUUGCGUGAACUUAGCCUUUUCUCCUUGGAGCGAUGGAGGAUGAGAGGUGACCUGAUAGAGGUGUACAAGAUAAUGAGAGGCAUUGAUCAUGUGGAUAGUCAGAGACAUUUUCCCAGGGCUGAAAUGGCUAACACAAGAGGACACAGUUUUAAAGUGCUUGGAAGUAGGUUCAGAAGAGAUGUAAGGGGUAAAUUUUAUAUGCAGAGAGUGAUGAGUGCGUGGAAUGGACUGCCGGCAAUGGUAGUGGAGGCAGAUAAAAUAGGGUCUUUUAAGAGGCUCCUGGAUAGGUACAUGGAACUUAGAAAAAGUAAGUACAUAUUCGGCACAGCAUUGUGGGCAGAAGGGCCUGUAUUGUGCUGUAGGUUUUCUAUGUUCAAAUAGAAAGAUUUGAUUUUAAAAGAACGAUUAACUUUAGUGGAAGGCUACUGUGACCCCUGAGUAUAUGACAGCUGCUUCUCUCAUCAUUAACUAAUUUUCUUUAAGUUUUUUCCACAGGUAGAUUACUUUAUAUGGCUAAAAAAUGGGCCUCAAUAGAACUGAUGUCUAGAAAAUUCCAGUGUAAGCACUUCUUGAAUUAAAUUGGAAUACUUGAAACUGUAAAGCACCAAAUUUUUCAUCCGGUAUUUUGGAGCACUGACGUUGCUCUUACUGUAGGGCCUCACAGACAGCCAGUGGGGGAUCUUCAUGUCACAGCAGUGAAUUCAUAUUUUUCACAUUAAGACACUUGUUCAUAAAGCUCUUAGUACAAUCAUUGAAUUAUACAGUACAGAAACAGAACCUUUGGCCCACCUUGUUGAUGCCAAAUGCGAUGCCUAUCAAUGCUAAUCAUAAUUACUUCCAUGAGACCUAUAUCCCACUAUUCCUUUCCUGUCUAAAUACCUUCAUUGUAUCUGCCUCUACCAUCUGAUUCCAGCUCAUUGUGUCAGGAGUUCCCAACCUGGGGUCCACAGAUCCCUUGCUUAAUGGCAUUGGUCCAUAGCGUAAAAAUGGUUGGAAACCCCUGCUCUAGAUAAAUACAUUGCUCUGUAUAAAGAAUUAGCCUCCCAGAACUCCUUCAAGUUUCUCUCCACUCAUCUUAUUCCCUCCAGUUCUAGACUCCACUGUCUUGAGAAUAAGAUUGACCGUCCAUGCUAUUUAUGCUGCUUAUAAAUUUUACAAACCUCUGUAAAGUCAUUCUUCAGCCUCCUUUGUUCCAGGGAGAAUAAAUCCAUCCUCUCCAAUCUCUCCUUGCAACUACAGCCAUCCAUUCUAGGCAACAUCCCAAUGAAUCUCUACUAACUCUAUUGCUACCAAAUCCUUCCUGCAGUGUGACCAGAAAUGUACACAAUACUCCAAACGGGUUUUAACUAAUGUUAUGUGCAGCUGGAACCUGACAUCCCAACUUGUAUACUCUAAGGCAAUACACAAAAAAUGCUGGAGGAACUUAGCAGGUCAGGAAGCAUCUAUGGAAAUGAACAGAUAGUUGACGUUACAGCUAUCUAUACAUUUCCAUAGAUGCUCCUUGACCUACUGAGUUCCACCACCAUUUUGUGUGUGUUGCUUUGUAUUUCCAGCAUAUGCACACUCUCUCGUGUUUAUGGUUUUAUACGCUUAGCCUCAGCCUACAAUGGCUAGCAUACCAAAUGCCUUCUUCAUCAAUGCACCUAAGAUCCUUGCCGUUUACUCUCUAUGUCCUGUCAGAAUUUGGCUUCUCAAAAUGCACUAGCUUGUACUUGUCUGGAAUAAAUUUCAGCAGCCAACUUUCUAGCUGAUCUAUGUUAUAUAUAUCUUUGGACAGUGCAAUGCAGAUCAACUGGAAAGUUGCCCAUCCACCAGGGUUUUACAUGCAGUGCUGAUGAAGAAAACAUGCUCUGGGACUAAUUUCAUUUUUUUGUAAUUUGUUAGUGACUAUGUUUCCAUGAUCUUGCUUCUUUUGUCCUUUUACUAGUGUUGGAGGUAGAGCUUGUGGAGCUGGGUGGGGCUUUUGAAGUAAUCUUGAUGAAUUGCUACAGUGCUGCAAUUGAUGAUAAAUAUACCAAACACAUUGCAGCAAUGGGUUGAAAUUCAGCCUGUGGAUCAACACUGAUAGCUGCCAUAUAGCCUAAAUGCAUUAUCAUGUACAAGCUGCUCUUUGGAACAAUACUAAAGCAUGUUGAGUCUGGACUUGCUGAAGAGAGUGAAAGGAUAAAUGCAGAAUGUAAAACUCUUUGUGCUGUCUUUGAGAAACAUUGCCAAAGUAAAACUGAAGUUUAGUAAUUGAUCUGUGCAACAACAUAAAAUAACUGCACUAUGAGAUGAACUUUGUAUAAUGAAUUUUACAGCACUGAAUUUUCAAUGGGACUUAAUGCUCGUUAUUACAGAUUUUGUUUUGGUGUGAAAAUUUCACAUCUUUAUGUUGUGAGUGAAAUUGGGGAUAACUUUACUCAACUUCACUUGCCCCAUCAUUGAACUGAUCACACAAAUCUAUGGAUUUAAUUUCAAGGACUUUUCAUGUCAUGGUCUCGAUAUUUAUUGCUUAGCUAUUAUUAUUAUUAUUAUUAUUUCUUUUGUAUUUGCACAGUUUGUUGUCUUCUGCUCUGUUGGGUGCAGUCUUUCAUUGAUUCUAUUAUGGUGCUUCGAUUUACUGAGUAUGCCUGCUAGAAAAUGAAUCUCAGGGUUGUAUAUGGUAAACUUACUUUGAAUUUUGUUGGCUUUCUGACACUCAUGCUGUCCAGGUGGCAUCAAUAGAUCAGUGCCCAAGUUUGGUUCUGAUAAUUUUUUUUUACCUUGUUAAUAUUAAUAAAAACCAAAGCUGUUCUUUCACAGUAAAAUCAGCUUUCAGUACCACAGAAGUCUUGAACUGUAUAUUAAUUUGAAGCAACAGACACAUUUCAUGUUUCCACUACAUUUGUAAGUAAAGUUCAGUUCUGAUUCAACCUGUGAUCAUAGACAUCAGAUUUUCAAGUGGUUUCAACAGGCUCCCCUGAAAAAGUCACUGACCAGAAAUUCAGAAAGCACAAAAUAGUUCACUUCAAUAGAUCAGAAGCAAAGACUUAACUGGGUAAAGACUUUUGACAAAAGAGGCAGCACCAAGGAAUGUCUCCCCAUUUUUCUGAACUCAGGAUGUAGUCCUUGAAGGGUUGCAACCAGAACCUGCAGUCAUUAUAUUACUGGGAGAAUUGAUGGGUAAUCCAUGCUGGUGUAUCUGUGCAGGUUCCCUAAGAAGAGUGUGCAAAGGAGUCGAGCCCCCGUGCAAAAUGUCCUCAUGGUGGAAAGUUGCCAGGGACAUGCUGAAAGGGCAUUAGUGGCUUCUAAGAAUGUCUGCAUUCUUGAAUGGUUUUUAUUAAAUGCAGAAAUGAAAUGUAUUAAAACAGGUUUCCCCUUUCCUGUUUGAGCUUUACUUGGAUCUCUGCAAUGCAGCACUGAGCAAUAAAGUGCCACGUUACAUUUUCUUAAACAGUUCUUUGUAACUGAAAUGACUUAUUUCUAUUCUGGUUGUGUGGGUUCUGAGGCCAAUGCCGGGUCUGCAGCACAGAUGGGGCAGGAGAAGGUUGAAGGUAUUUUGUGAGAAGGAGACCUACUACCAUUUACACUCAUGUCCUGUCAACCCACAGACAAGGCUCUCAAUACAAUCUUGAAUGCCCCUUCUUCACUUUGAGUAAACAUGGUCUGAGGAUUCUAAGUAGCAGAGUCGUUGCUCGUUUUCAAGCAGGCUUCAAGAAUGUCUUUAAUUUUCUUUCUUUGUUCACCUGAUAACCUCUUCCUAUGACAAAGCUCAGAAUAGUUUGUCUGUUUGGGAGUGCCAUGCCAGGCACACACAUGUAAGUCACUGUGCAAUUUAGGUCCUUAGUACUAGGAAAGUAAGCUUGGAAGAGGACGCUAACAUAAGUUGAUUUCUCAUUUGCAGAGAUAGUGGUUAUAUUUUUCCAGUGUUUUCAGGGCAAUCAUGACGUUCAUUAUUGUUUUCAGUACACCAGCAGUUUUUGGCUUAAUUAGAAAGAUUAAUACUUGCAGUUCAUGUCCUCAACCCUGGCACAAAAAGUAUGCUCAGCGGAGGUUUCCUGCCUUCCUACACACUUCUAAGACAACAAUCAUGAUUUUUACAACGUAACUCUCCAAAGGCAGUCUUCAAAGUUCCUGUCAAGUUUUCUGAAGUGGGGGGGGGGGGGGCGUCACCUUGAAGAAUACAGGCACCUGUGUGAUAUUGUACUUGUGUCCCUCCAACAGAAAUCACAUAAAAAUAUCUGGCUGACUGACCCAAACUGAGAUCUCAGUCAAAACAUCUCCAAGUAGUUUCUGCAGGUCUUCCCUCAAAAAUCAGUGGCCUGAAAAUAAUUAUGUAAGAUCAGCGAUUCCAUUUUCAUUCGAUCUAACGUGUCUGGAAGAGAGCAACGUUCAACAUGCUAACAACUUCUCUGCACACGCUUUCCAGGAAGACACCCUUUAAUCAGCAUUUUAUUUUUUUGCAGAAGCAAUAUCUCUACAGACCACCCUCCCACAGGGAUGUCUUCAUUCCCAUCUGUGAUCGCAAAACCACAAGUACAAGCUCACACAAGUGCCUGUGCUACUCUGAAAUUCAGUUACACUCAGCCCUACUCAACCUUUCCCCAAGAUCUUGAUAACUUUGCUCGUAUAGAUAUGCUAGGCACGAUGACAGUGCUGUUAAAUUCAUGACUGGGGCGCUGUCCUACUAAUGCCAGAAAUGUAUUUAGUAGGUGUUGAAGGUAAAUCAUCUCAGGUACCUAGAACUGUUAAUUGCGGCCAUUGAAGACGGCAACAUCCAAGAAAUAUUCCUCCCCCAGAGGACGGGCGACACGGAACCUCUCCCGGGCAGGGUCAGCUGACCCUCCGUCUGUCAUGCGCGGUUCGCCAGCCGCUGCCCGCCUCUCCGCUUCCUGCGAGCGCGGCGGCAGUUCCGGUGCGCACGGGCGGCGGGACCCGGCUGUAGCCGAGGCCGUCGCGUCGCGGUACGGGCGGAGCGGCCGCUUGAUGUCGGGCAUGAUCUAUCGCCAGAGUCACCAUGAGAGCUGCCUGCGAGAGCCCGCCGCCUCCAGAGCGGCGGCACACUUCCACACUCGCACCGACUCUGCUUUAGGGGAUAUCAUCAACGGCUGCUGCUCAAUGGGAGAGGAGGCGGCGACGGCGGCUAAGCCGCGGGACACCGGGCUCCAACUCACUCCUGCCGACUCGCCGGGGCUGUCGCGGCCUCGGACCGGUGGCUCUGCCUCGUCCUCCUCCUCCGCCUCGUCGCUCUCCUCCUCGUCCUCCCCGAGGGAACCUAACACUAACACUCCGACCACUUCUACCUCCACACCCGGGCCCGAUGAACCGGGGAAACGGCCUGGCGCCGCACCUCGUCCGGAGCUCAGGACCGAAGACACUAGCGGCGAGGAUACCGCCAGCCCAGAUCGAGAAACACCUGACAGCCCCGGGCCCGUUGGCAGUGAGACACCGGAGUUGACGGACGUCAGCCUGAACUCCAGGAACUCCCUGGAAGUAAGUCGAAGGCAGAGCGCACCCGAGCAGCUGGCGGACGGGGUCGAUCUGCCACCACCAGCACUACCCAACGGCGAGGGAGCCAAGCCCAAGAAGCUCGGCAUCGCCGACUACAUCAGCAGGAACUUUUUUAAUAAGAAAAUAAAGGAACCCAUUCCUUCCACCUUUAGUGCUCCUGGCUGGAAAUUAUUUGGGAAGAUCCCUCCAAGAGAAAAUUCGCAGAAAGAUGCCAAAACAAUACAGCAGGACAGCAAUGGUUGCAGUCUUGCGUCAGUGUCUGCACCUAACCUGUUCAAUACAGGGGAAUAUGAAGCCCGAAUUGGCCGGAUGAAUAAAACCUCACUUCAGUCUGGACGGCGACGUAAUCUUGAAUUUGAGCCACUAUCUACUACUGCGUUGAUCCUAGAAGAUCGACCAGCACACUUGCCUGCAAAAUCGGCAGAAGAAGCUCAAAGACACAGACAAGAAUACGAUGAAAUGGUGGCAGAAGCAAAGAAACGAGAGGUGAAAGAAGCACAGCGAAGAAAAAAAAUUAUGAAGGAGCGAUUCAGGCAGGAAGAGAGUAUUGCUCAUGCUAUGAUAAUUUGGAACACAGAUAUACUUCCCAAUUGGGAAACUAUUCGAAAUACUCGGAAGGUGCGUGAACUAUGGUGGCAGGGUAUUCCUCCAAGUGUUCGAGGGAAAGUGUGGAGGUUGGCUGUUGGUAAUGAAUUGAAUAUUACUCAUGAGCUUUAUGAAAUCUUCCUGUCCAGAGCUAAGGAGCGAUGGAAAAACUUCAGUGAGGUUGGAUCUGAGAAUGAAACAGAAGACCCUGGAGCAUCAGGAGCUGAUAGAGAGGCGAGUCUUGAAUUGAUAAAGCUGGAUAUCUCCCGCACAUUCCCUUCUCUCUUCAUUUUCCAGAAGGGUGGACCAUAUCAUGAUCUUCUCCAUAGUGUUCUCGGGGCAUAUACCUGCUACAGGCCUGAUGUUGGAUAUGUCCAAGGAAUGUCUUUUGUUGCUGCUGUUCUUAUCCUUAAUUUAGAAGAAGCUGAUGCUUUCAUAGCAUUUGCAAACCUGUUGAACAAACCCUGUCAGCUGGCAUUUUUCCGUGUGGAUCAUGAUAUGAUGCUGAAGUAUUUUGCAUCAUAUGAAGUGUUUUUUGAGGAAAAUCUUCCAAAGCUUUUUGCGCACUUCAUGAAAAAUAAUUUGACUCCUGAUAUCUAUCUUAUAGACUGGAUAUUUACACUCUAUAGUAAGUCAUUGCCCCUGGACCUGGCUUGUCGAGUCUGGGAUGUCUUUUGCCGUGAUGGGGAAGAGUUCCUUUUUCGGACAGCUCUGGGCAUUCUCAAGUUGUAUGAGGAUAUUUUAGUACAAAUGGAUUUUAUUCACAUAGCUCAAUUCCUUACCAAACUGCCUGAAGAUAUUGCAUCGGAAAAACUGUUUGCUUGCAUUACUGCUGUUCAGAUGCACAGCAGCAACAAAAAAUGGACACAGGUAUUUGCGUCACUGAUGAAGGAAAACAAAGAAAUUGAGAAGAAUCACAACCCUGCCCUGAAAAGUUAAUAUUCCUUUGGAGAUGUUGAUGCUUGCAGGAGUAUUUAAAAAUUAAUGGUGUAGCAGUACUACAUGGAAAUGUCUUCGGUGCAUCUGUUUAAAAUUGUUGUCAGAGUUAAAGUUAAAGAACUGAAUAUAUUUGGACUGUUGAUGACCCAAAGAUCUGUGUGUGUUGCACACAUUGAUGGGAAGAAUAAUGGUGCAGAUGAGCUUCUUGUGGCUUACGCCCAGCAAAAAUGAAGAAUUGUUUACACUAGUGUCAGUAUUAAAAAAAAAAGUGGAGUCCUGUGCAAAGUAGUUAAUUCUGCAUUUAUUAGCUGAUUGCAAACUGAGAUGUAAAAUUUCUGAGCACUUAUAGACCAUCUUUCUAUACCAUGUUUCUGGUGCACAGCAUACCUCCAAAGCCAGCUGAUUCCCGGAAACUACCUAAAGUGGACCAAACUGAUUUUGAAUUGCUACCCUCCAUUACGUGUAGCUUUUUACUGAUGAUCCUACAUCGGAAAUAGCUGGUUUUUACUUUUUAAUACAGUCGUUUUGCUUUCUAAGAUUCUGAGAUAAAAAGCCUAACAGGAGAGAGCAUUAAAACCAGUACCGUUCUGCUUUACAGAACCACAUUUGUUAACCUGUAAAGUACUUGGUUUCAAAAUAUUGCACAACAUUCUCUUUAAUAUUUCCAUGUUUUCUGGAAACACAAAGAUUUUUAUUCAAGUACUGAGCUAUGGCAUUUUUGAUUACUGAACUGUACUACAAAUAUUUUUUAAAAUCUCAUUUCAGUACUAUCUGUUUUAUUUUCGGGUGCUUGCAGCAGUGGAAAUGUAGAUGUUGUAUAAUCUCUGAACCUACAGGUGAAUUGCAGACAGAAUGGUAGAACUGUGAAAUGUCCAAGUUUAGAAAAUUCCAAAUAUACUCUUACUACAGUUAAGUUAGUGUGUCUCAGCUGAAAAUUCUUUGUGAUUGUCCUCAGGCAGGUGCUAUGGGGCUUGACAUUAGCAACUGUGUAAAUGUUUUAUAAUGUGCAAUACAGAAAACUCCCAAAAUGAUAGUGCUUUGCACUAAGUUUUGAAAUGUAAACCCUGAUAGCAUUAACUAAAAUUUAUUUCAAAUCAGGUGACGAAAACUGAGAACUAUUGCAGUGUAUACUAUAUUACAUUGCACAGAACUGUUGUUUGCUCACAAUGGAAAGAGGAGGCGAAGUCAUUUGUUAGUAAUCACUUAAAUACCAGAGGGCUAAUGAUCAGGCUUUUUUUCUAACCUGGUGAAAUUUAUGAAGUGAAAGGUGAUAGAUGUUUGUGUAAAUUUGAGAUUUGUGUAGUGUGCAAAUUACAGCUAAACUUUCUUAAUUUUUUUUAUUUGAAAGAAUUUGUACUUUAUUUUGUACUUCUAGCAAAAUCAGCUCUAUUCCUGUAAUGCAAGUCAUUAUUGAAUUAUAAAACUGAAUUCUGUAGAGAUGUUUGCCAUUGAGUUUGUUUUGAAUUCUUUAUUAAAAGAAUUGGCAUGUUCUAUAAGCAUUAAUAUACUACAGAUGGAGUGCAAAAUACUUUGAAAUAUACAUUUUUUUAUUUAUAUACCCUUACAUUUAGUUAAAUGAAUUUCUUUAUCUUACUUUCUAUUGUACAGAUUUCAUAUUGAAUUUAAAUGCAAUGUAUAUGCAAAUUGUAAAUAGAAAGGAAACAGUCCACGGAUACCACUAGACAUCAAUUUCAUAUGUAAAUAAAGUAUGAAGUCAAGUGCC